GGGGAUCUGGGGGGGAAGGAUUUAGCACUAUCACAUUUUCUUGUCAACAGAAAAAACGUCAGAAAGCAAAUUCAGUUGAUGUGGAGCAGAAGACAAGAAAGAAGAAGGAGAGGGGCACUUCAUCCCCCUCUCCAAUUCCAUCUGACCGUUCUGAACGGAAUGGCUCCGCUACCUCUGACCCCUCACCCUCUGACCAACUCUCCUCCCUCCAUCCACCUCCCUCUCCUGUUAAAUGUUCCUCUCAGCCUUGCUCUCCUGCUAAACAACCCUCUGUACCCCAGUCACCUGCCAAAAACCCUUCCCCAGUGAAAUCCUCUCCAGUGGUGUCCCACCCUAGUUCUCCCUCUCCUACCAACCCUCUGGACCGUCAUGGAGACACCAGUCAGGAGGGCACAACAGUCAGACCUCUGUCUCUUCAGGACCACUCUAGUCCAAUGCCCCAGAGACCAGUCUCAGCCACCAGAAGCAUGACUCUUCCCAGGGCCAGCUCAGCCCCCAGAAGCAUGACUCUUCACAGGGCCAGCUCAGCCACCAGAGGGUCAGAAGAGACCCAGGGGGCCAGAGGAGAACAGGUGGCACUGGUCAACAUGGAACUUCUUGGGUUGCCUAACAUUGGCAACACUUGCUUCCUUAACGCCACCCUGCAGUGCCUCCUGGUCCUGCCUUCCUUCUCAAAGGAAAUCCUGCACCAGGAACAACUCUGGAGCUCCUCCCCCUUCUCCAACCUGCUCAGGAGUCUGUCUGAUGUGCACCGUUCAGGUUUACCUGACAGUGUGGAAAACCAGGCCUCAAAAGCAGACCUCAUGUGGAAGGUCAAGUACUCCUUGUCGGGAUACGAUUUGAAGUAUCUGGGGGACACGCAACAGGAUGCACACGAGUUACUUGUCAAUAUGCUGUGCCAGCUGAAGGAGGAGGGCAUGAUUCUGAAGACACUCGGGAUGAACUAUACCUGCCCUGUUUCCCAGCUGGAGUUCCAGCUUGUGUCGGUGCGCACAUGUACCAGCUGUGGGCGCGAGUCGUCCACCAGAGAGGACUACAACCACCUCUCAUUGGACUUCAGCCCUGAGCGCACCUUGCUGAACAGCCUAGCACUCACUUUCAAAAGUGAACAGGUUGAAUUCACAUGUGAGGGCUGUAAAGGCCUCCACGCCUCAAAGGUGGAGCAGUUCCACACACUGCCUCUUGUGCUGGUUCUGCAUCUGAAGAGGUUUGGAGGACCUGGGGGGUUGGAGAAGCUGGAGGCUCCUCUUUUGUUUCCUUCGGAGCUGAGGCUCUCCACCCUCUGUGGGGACAUGGUGCCACACCUGCACAGUGCCAGCCCACAGGCCCUCACCAACCAGGCCCCCAGCAUCCAGGGGUCCAUCCCCCAGACCCUCGCCAGCCAAGUCUCCAGCCCACCUGGAGUGGCCAAAGACAGCGCCCUCUGCUGUUCAGAAGCAGAAGCCAGUACAGUCAGUGAAUGGUUACUACCAGCUGACUGGCGUAGUCUCUCAUUUGGGAGGCUCCGCAAACUCCGGGCAAUAGAGCGGGAGGCCCCAGCACACAGGGCCUAACAGGGCCACCAGCAUCAGCGCCAGCCUAAACAGGGGCAGCACCGGGACCAGCCUCCAAACACUCACACCUGUCUCAACAGGUCUAGUACCAGGCCCAGUCUCAAAACCCCCUGCCCAGCCUCAACACUCACACACCUGCCUCGAAAGGGGUAGCACUUGGCCCAACAUCAACAACUCCGAGCCCAGCCACAACAGGGGCAGCACUGGGCUCAACAUCAACACACCCAGCCCAGCCUCAACAUGGGAAGAACCAGGCCCAGUCUCAACAUGGGCAGAACAAGACCCAGUCCCAACACCCUCAGACCUGCCUCAACAGGAAGAUUUAUCGUCUGGGAUUCAGGCCGGUCCUAACAGGAAACGUGACAAAGGGAAGCAGCUGUAAUGGAGCCUUCUAACACCCAAUCAGGUCUGGAGGAGGAAUGUCACAUAAAGAUUCAGAGAUGCUAUGAGAAUCUUUUGAAGUUACUCUCCAGUUGUAUUCCAUUUGAAUAAAUACAGACAUGAAAAUGCUGGGCUAUGGAUGUGACCUUGGUACUGUGAGUUGAGUAACGGGUCACCAAACGACCUAUGGGAACU